AUGAACACUCGACUGCGUGAGAAAGAAGCAUUAGUGUCCAACCCGAAACCACAAAGAAAAGCCUCGAAAGGGUUCAAAAACGAUGAAACCAAGGUAGGCCAGAAGCAGCUAACGCUAACAGAAGCUAUGGCUAACGAUGCUACACAAACCCCAUUGAAACCAACGGAGGAAGCUAGCACUGAGAAUGUUGUGCUAGCCGAGCUGCGGAAGCUAAGACAAGAAAAUGCGUCUUCAUUUCGGGAGUUCAAAGAUACAUCUAACAGGCUGGAGACUAAACUGGAGGAAUUGAACCAGAAGACGGAGAGUCUUGAGGAAAGAGUGAUGGAAACGGAGAACAGAGCAUGGAAACAACGUGAUAUCCAGUACACGGACAACAAAGUCUACUUUGACCAAGACUACUCAUCUGACGUGCAAAGAAAGAGGAAGAGAGUCAGAGACGUGAUAAAGAAGCUACAAGAAUGUAACAUCAAAGCACAGUCGCCGUAUCCUGCCCAGCUGAGAAUAUUUCUGGCAUCAGGCACCAAAGUUUUCCCCUCACUGCUGGUGGCACGUUCUACACUGGAGGAGCUCGGAGUGACAGUGGACAUAGAUGACAGAGAGGCUCUGGAAAUGGAACUGGCACAAAACUCUUGGACAUCACAACCCGGUGGGAAGAGGAGGGGCCAGCACCAACUGAAAGAUAAGAGAUAA